AUGUCACCAGUCACGCGCGUUACCCUGUUCAAAAUCCCCAAAGAGGAAGACCAGAAACAUCUUCUGGACCUCUAUAAGCAAAUGCCUCAAAAAGCACUCAAAGACGGAGCACCAUAUAUCGCCUCUGUCCAAGCUGGCAAAGCCAAGCCCGAUCAGCGCGCACAAGGCUUCACAGUCGUCGCCAUCUCGACUUUCAAUUCCCAGGAGGACUUCAACUUCUAUGACACAGAAUGCAAGGCUCAUCUAGAAUUGAGAACGUUUGCCAAGAGUGUGAAUGAGGGUGUAGCUAUGAUUUACUUUGAGAACGAAGUGUAG